UUUUAAUAAGCUUUUUUUGACAAUUCCCCACUGUCUAUAAAAAUCCUCUGUGUGUUUCAUACUUCUUAUCUCACCGAAUUCAAAUUCUAUCAUCUUCAGGGUAUCUCUGUCUUGUCUUUUUUAUCUGUUCAUCGAACAAUGGCUCGCGGAAACCAGAGAGAGCGGGAUCGUGAAAGAGCUCAAGCUAGAGGUAAUCACAAGCCUAAGCAACCUAAGAACGAUGGAUUAACCCCUGAACAGCGCCGGGAAAGAGACGCGAGAGCAUUGCAAGAGAAGGCAGCCAGAAAGGCAGGACAGUCAAUGGGAGGAGGCAGUUUCCUUGGUGUUGGUGCUAAAAUCAAGAAAUAAAGAGGGAGAUAGUGUCAAUAAUAAGAUUUAAGGGGGUUUGGGGCAUUGGAGGUUAAUAUGUUUAGUCUGAUCGUCUUAACUCAAUUAUAUAUUGAGAUGGGAAGAAAUCUCUGUCUAUUGUCAUUUUAAGGGUUGCGUGUAUGUCUUUAAAGUGUUGAGUGUCGUGUGGUUCUUAUCUUGGCAUAUGGUGUUGGCUUCUGAAGUUUUGUUGUACAAGUCUUCUUCAUAUGGAAUGUUCUUUAGCUCAACCUUAUGCUCUUUUAUUUUCUUUUUUUCUUUUGGGGGGGGGGGGG